GGCGCCAAUGCCUCAGCUUUGGAGAAAGAGAUUGGUCCGGAACAAUUUCCAGUCAAUGAGCACUAUUUUGGUUUGGUUAAUUUCGGGAAUACAUGCUACUGCAAUUCAGUUCUUCAGGCACUUUAUUUUUGUCGACCAUUUCGAGACAAAGUCUUAGCAUACAAGAGUCAACCAAGAAAAAAAGAGAAUCUCCUUACCUGCUUAGCUGAUCUCUUCCACAGUAUAGCCACCCAGAAGAAAAAAGUUGGAGUAAUACCUCCCAAGAAAUUUAUAACAAGAUUACGAAAAGAAAAUGAGCUUUUUGAUAACUACAUGCAGCAGGAUGCACAUGAAUUCUUAAACUAUCUGUUAAAUACAAUUGCGGAUAUCUUGCAAGAGGAAAGAAAACAAGAGAAACAAAAUGGUCGCCUACCUAAUGGCAACAUCGACAAUGAAAAUAACAGCCCACCAGACCCAACCUGGGUUCAUGAAAUCUUUCAGGGAACAUUAACUAAUGAAACCAGAUGUCUUACAUGUGAAACUAUAAGCAGCAAAGAUGAAGACUUUUUAGACCUUUCAGUUGAUGUGGAGCAGAAUACUUCAAUCACUCAUUGUUUAAGGGGUUUCAGCAAUACAGAAACUCUGUGCAGUGAAUACAAAUAUUACUGUGAAGAAUGUCGCAGUAAGCAAGAAGCACAUAAAAGGAUGAAAGUAAAAAAGCUGCCUAUGAUUCUAGCUCUCCAUUUGAAGAGAUUUAAAUACAUGGAUCAGCUGCAUCGAUACACAAAACUCUCUUAUAGAGUAGUUUUUCCUUUAGAGCUUCGUUUAUUUAACACCUCAGGAGAUGCCACCAAUCCUGACAGAAUGUAUGACCUUGUUGCUGUGGUAGUUCAUUGUGGAAGUGGCCCUAACAGAGGACAUUAUAUUGCAAUAGUGAAGAGUCAUGAUUUUUGGUUGCUUUUUGAUGAUGAUAUUGUUGAGAAAAUUGAUGCACAAGCUAUUGAAGAAUUCUACGGGUUGACAUCAGACAUCUCAAAGAACUCGGAGUCUGGUUACAUCCUCUUCUAUCAGUCUCGGGAUUGAGGGGGAACUGUAGUGAAGAGAGAUUUUUAUGCCUCACGUCUUCUCUAUCUUGGAAUGGAGCAAGCACUGAAAAAAAGGAAAGCAGGGAGCUCCGGGGGCAGUAGCACAGUUUGCACACAACUAAGCAAAGAGUUUGGGAUUCUUAAAACCUUUGUAUCAUUUUCAUUUUAUUUGCUCAGGUAUCAUGCUGACUACACAUCUCCACUGCAUCCCAUAAGCAGAAACAGAGAUACCAGCCACUCUUGCAGGAGUUUUCUGUUAGGUAGUACUGUCUCUAUGGUCCUAAUUCAAAACCCAUUAAGGUCACUGGAGAACCUUUCAUGGACUUCAGUGGAAUCUGAAUCAGAUUCUAACUGCACUGCCAGAUUGGUGCAAUAGGAGCAUUAGAAAUCUGUAUUUUAUACAGACUUUGUGUAUAAAAGGUAAAGGACUCUUUGUGGACUUAGUUUCCUGUGCUUAAGUUUAAAGGAAUGAGGUUGGGAGGGUUAACAUGUAAGCAAGAAGAUACAUCUGGGCCCAACAGAAUUGCCUUCUUGAUGGUAGUAGUUUCACUGA